UGACGUCACAUGUAAACAGCAGAAGCAGCACCCAUGGCCUGCAGGUCCCCCUCACCCUGUCAGCUGAGCAGCGAUGUUACAAGUCAAAAACCGCGUGAGGUACAGCUCCGCAGGCAUCGCCGCCGCGAGGCUGUUCUCCUCUGGCGGUCCCUCCGAGAACCCUGUCGUGUUUCUGGACGUCGAGGCUGACAGUGAGCCUCUCGGAAGAAUAGUCAUUGAGUUGAAUGCAGACGUUGUGCCAAAGACUGCAGCAAACUUCAGAGCCCUGUGCACUGGGGAACAUGGCUUUGGAUACAAGGGCUCUGUGUUUCACAGGGUCAUACCUGAGUUCAUGUGUCAGGGGGGAGAUUUCACCAACCACAACGGCACAGGAGGGAAGUCUAUAUACGGGAAGACGUUCAAAGAUGAAAACUUCAAAUUAAAACACACUGGUCCAGGUCACAGGCUGGAGGACGAAGGAGAGAGAAGUCAAGAGGGCACAAGAAAAGGAAAGAAGAAGAGCUCUCAGCUUAAAUGUGCCAGCUUUGGUCUGUAUCUUAAUGCAGCUGCCUCUCCACCAGAUGGCAGUGCCCAGUUUUAUGCAGCACUCAAACCGCCAUUUAUAUGGAUUUUGCAAUCCCCAGGAACGCUCUCAAUGGCAAACUCGGGGCCAAACACCAACGGCUCCCAGUUCUUUAUCAGCACGACUAAAACCGAAUGGCUCGACGGUAAACACGUGGUGUUCGGGCAGGUGAAGGAGGGCAUGGACGUGGUCACCAAGAUGGAAUCGUUUGGUUUGCAUGACGGUGGUGUGAUCAAGAAAAUUGUCAUCGCUGACUGUGGGGAGAUCAAAUAACACUCGGACACACACGUGGACUGUCGGAUGACUCGGGAUGCAAAGAUUUUACCAUUUACUUUAUCCCACAGCCGGUACUCAUCGACAUGACCUCAUGAUCCAAGGUGGAAAGUUCGCAGGUGAUUCAGUUCUUUCCUACACCCUGAUGAUUUUUUUACUGCUGUAAAUUAUUUUAAAAUGACUAUAUUGUGCUCUAAAUAAGUUAAGAAAUGUUUAAAUUGUGUGUUUGCUCAUAAAUUAACACUUGUAAUGGAAAGACUGACACAUUUUUAUCUUAGUUUGUACACAUACUGGCUGUUCUAUGGUUUCAGCUCACCCACCUACUUGGUGUACUAAGCCAUCCACUAUGUAAACUGUUCUUAUUGUGCAAUUACAAUCCAUUUACUGCCAAAUAAAUGAGAAUUUUCAGGGUUUUUUUU